UACUCACAUCCACUGCGUUUUCGUGCACCUCCCGCCAUGGCCGGUGCACUCCUCGAGCACGUCAAUGGCGAGAGGGCCGUGGUCCUCGUCUUCGUCUCCCUCGUCGCCUUCUCCGUCCCCCUCUCCCUCUUCCUCGAGGCCUUCGCCCUCUCCCUCCUCACCGUCUCCGCCCUCCUCGUCGAGAUCUCCGCCGAGAGCUCCGCCGCUGCCCCCCUCCUCCUCCGCCGCUUCAGGACCAGACCUGGCGCUUCAUCUGGGAUACUUCUUGGUGCGGUUACACUGCCCACUGUCAUGCUUUCACGGUUGAUUCAACUCUCAAGAGCACUACCAAGGCACGAUAAUGGAAUUGAAGAACUUUCGUAUUUGGGUAUGCAAUAUUGGAAUGUGUCUACUAGUUGCUUCGCCGUGCUAAUUUUCCUCCGUUUUCUUCUACAACAUUCUCCCACCAAUGCAAGUUCUUUUUGUCUGCGAGGCUGUCAAGCUUUAGUAUAUAGCUCUGUUUCAGCGGUUCCAUAUUUGGUUACAUGCUAUCUUGCAAUGAAAUCAAAUGAAAAUUGGAUUCUGAGAAAUAAUAUGUUGUGCUUACUUUGCUAUGGAAUAGCUACUGUGAUGUUUAUACAACAUAUUCUUCGCACAUUUCCUUCAUGUGCAUCAUUUGGGGAAGCACUUCUUGUAUCAAGUGGUCUGGUUCUUUACUUUGGUGAUAUGUUGGCUCGUACUAUUUCAAAGAUGGAUUUCCUCUUAUUAUCAUCAAAAAGAAAUGUUCACGUGAAUGGAGCUCGAGGUGAAAUAGCAACAGUUAUUCAGGGAGUGCUGCUUGGCCUUUUUCUUGUUCCAGUGUUUUACAAAAGUAUACUUAGAAUUUGGCUUUAUUUUACGACUUUGGGCAAGCAAAGAAGUCAAGAAGUUGAAGAAAGGUCUAACAGAGGAAUUGGAAGUGCUAUUGUAUUUUAUGCUUCACUUUUGGUGAUGUUGGCAAUAUUAGUUCCGGCAUGGAUGUACUUCGUUCAGGAUUUUCAUAUGCAUCCGCUUCUAUGGGUACUCAAUUUUGUAGUCACUGAUCCUCUCAAACGAAUUGCGCUAUGUAUGUACUGGGUGUCUGUGAUCUGUGUAUCUGUUUUGAGGUUCUAUGAUAUAUCAAAAAAUAGCAAGACUGAGAGGAUUCUUCUUCGGAAGUACUACCAUCUAGUUGCAGUUCUAAUGUUUGUUCCAGCUCUUUUAUAUCAGCCAGCUUUUUUGGACCUGGCUUUUGGUGCAGCUUUGGCAGUUUUCUUAGUUUUGGAAAUGAUCCGAGUUUGGAAAAUAUGGCCUCUAGGGAACCUUAUACAUCAAUUCAUGAAUGCCUUCACAGAUCAUCGUGAUUCAGAGAUUCUUAUUGUCAGUCAUUUUUCCCUCUUACUAGGUUGUGCGCUUCCUAAGUGGAUGUCAUCUGGGUUCAAUGAUCGACCGCUUGCUCCUUUUGCAGGAAUUCUUAGUCUAGGGAUAGGAGAUACUAUGGCAUCAAUGGUUGGCCAUAAGUAUGGUGUCCUGAGGUGGAGCAAGACUGGCAAGAAAACUGUUGAAGGGACUGCAGCCGGCAUAACUUCUGUUUUAGCUGCAUGCUCAGUACUCCUCCCUCUCUUAGCAUCGAGCGGAUAUAUAAUUUCCCAGCACUGGGCAUCUUUGCUUAUAGCAGUUACUGUGAGUGGCUUGUUGGAGGCAUGCACCGCGCAGCUCGAUAAUGCUUUUAUACCUCUUGUAUUCUAUAGCCUACUCUGUCUAUAAAAAACUAGGCCAAAAAAAAGUCAUUGUUUGCUACCAUUUUGGUGCCCCUCAUUUUUUUCUCCUUCUCUAUUUUUUGUCAACAAGUAUAUAAGAGCUUUCUAUGAGCGCAAUUUGUAUAUAGUAAAGGCCUAAGGUUUUUGUUAUUUUAUUUUACUUUUUCAUGGUGUACCUCAUUCUAUAAAUUUGUUGACUUGUUGUACCUCAUUCUAUAAAUUUGUUGUACUGGAAUAUGCUAUAAUGAUCAGAAUCUCUACUUGUUACC